AUUUUUUUGCGAAACUAUCUUCAGUUUGCUCGACAAAAGAAAAAAAACCAAUGUUGGGGGAAGAUUUUGUGUAUCGUGGUUUUUCUUGUAAAUUAAUUUAGUUUCCAACUGCAAGAGACAUUUUAUUUCACUUCAUUUUAAUUCUCUGUUCAUUGCUCAAUUGAACUAAAGUGCUCUCUUGUUUGAAAUUGCUGUGGGAAACGCCUAUUAUUGCUUGAAAAGUUUCUUUCUGUGUGUGCCUGUGUGUUUGUAUUUGUGACGUCUUCCCGGAAAAUUCCUGGACACAAGGAAGCGCCCCUCCUAGUCGCUGAGAUGUCGUCUGAUUCAGUGAAAAGCUUUUCGAGUCUCGAGACACCGGGGUACGUGGGCUUUGCCAAUUUGCCCAAUCAAGUGCACCGGAAGUCCGUGAAGAAGGGCUUUGAGUUCACCCUUAUGGUUGUGGGUGAAUCAGGGCUGGGGAAAUCAACACUGGUCAAUAGUCUCUUCCUCACGGAUCUCUAUCCGGAACGUGUGAUCCCCGAUGCUGUGGAGAAGCAGAAGCAAACGGUGAAGCUGGAUGCAUCAACGGUGGAGAUUGAGGAGCGUGGUGUCAAGCUGCGACUCACCGUUGUGGAUACGCCAGGAUUUGGGGAUGCCAUUGACAAUAGUGACAGCUUCAGUGCCAUUCUGGAGUACAUUGAUGAGCAGUAUGAGCGCUUCCUGCGUGACGAGAGUGGCCUCAAUCGUCGCAAUAUUGUGGACAAUCGUAUUCACUGCUGCUUCUACUUCAUUUCACCCUUUGGCCAUGGACUCAAGCCCCUGGACAUUGAAUUCAUGAAGAAGCUCCACUCCAAAGUUAACAUUGUGCCCGUCAUCGCAAAGGCGGAUUGUCUCACGAAGAAGGAGAUUCAGCGCCUCAAGUGUCGCAUCCUGCAGGAGAUUGAGGAGAAUGGCAUCAAGAUCUAUCCACUGCCAGAUUGCGAUAGUGAUGAGGAUGAGGACUACAAGGAGCAAGUGAGGCAACUCAAGGAAGCCGUCCCAUUUGCCGUGUGUGGCGCCACGUCACUUCUCGAAGUGAAAGGACGCAAAGUCCGGGGGCGUCUGUACCCCUGGGGAGUGGUUGAGGUGGAGAAUCCCGAUCAUUGUGACUUUAUCAAGCUGAGAACUAUGCUUAUAACUCACAUGCAGGACCUUCAGGAAGUAACCCAGGAGGUUCACUAUGAAAAUUAUAGAUCUGAGAGACUGGCCAAAGGUGUGAAGCGCAAUAACGGUGUUGCCAAAGAGGAGGACAUUGUCAUUACGGACAAAGAUCGCAUUUUGCAGGAGAAGGAAGCCGAAUUGCAGCGUAUCCAGGAGGAAUUGGCACGAAUGCAAGCCAAAAUUAAAGCUCAGCAGUAGGACAACACACACGUAUAUUAAUUUAAAAAGCUCUUCUUAAUUAUUUUGCAUGAUUAUCAACUUCGCUCUGUUCGUAUUUUCUUCAUGUUCUUGCUGCACACACAUUCCUCCCAAAAAAAAUGGGGAGUUAUCGUCUCAUUUCUUUCGCAAUAUUAAAUGUAAUUUCGCGUCGUGAUGGAGGAUUUAUUCAGAGGAUAUUUUUAUAUGGGAAAUUUUUACAGAGAAAAGCAUUUUAGAGAGAGUACUUAAGUGCGUUAUAUACUCCAUUUUUUCAUCAUAUCCCUUAUUAUGUAUUAUCUUAUUGCAUUUACUCGAAAACUUUUGAAUGUAAUCCAAUAAAAUAUUUGAGCUAUUUCACUUUUGUGAUUCUUCGGAUUCUUCCCAUGAAAUCACGCAAUAUUAUUAUAUUAUAUUAUAUCUCAAUAAAGUGGAAUUUUCAAAUUAAAA